AUGAAGAAGCGGUCCGGGAAGCAGUCCGCAUCCUCACUAGUGGCGAUCCGUUUCGACUUUAAAGUGCAUCUUAUCGAGUUGCGCCCGUGGCUGCGCAUGGGCGCGCCGGCGAUCAUCCAGUGGCAGCGCGGGGACAAGCGCACGGGAUUUUCCAAGCCGGUGCGCGCGCAGCGAGAUGAGGGCGGCGCGGACGAGAACGCGUUUAAAGUGGUCAUCGACCAGACGUUCCGCGUCCCCGCCACGCUGUACCGCGAGCGCGGCGGUCCCGGCGCGCCGUACCAGCGCAAGACCGCGGCGUUUUCGAUCCACGAGGCGCAGGCGGACGACUCGGCGCAGCCCAAACCAACAGCGCUGGGGAAGGCGUCGCUCGACCUCUCCGCCUUCGCGGACUGCGCCGGCGUGCUCCCCCACGCGCUCCCCGUGCAAGUCUCUAAAUCCCUAGGCGCAGCGCUGGGGCGCCCCGAGCUGCACCUGACGGUGGAGUGUGUGGGGAAGAAGCUGAGCAAGGAAGCCGCCGCGGAGGAGGCUGGCGCGGGGGUUUAUGGCACGGGGAGCGCGGGCGCGCUGCCGCGGUUCUACCCGACGAAGCUGGAGCCGCUAGAAGACGCGGAGGACACGGCGGGAUCGUCGGGGGACGAGACUUGCUACUCGGACGCGGCUGGUUCCGUCACUGGCGGCGGGGGUAGCCGUCUUGGCCCGCUCUCCGACCAUGGGGAGAGUGAUUCAGAACACAUACGCGCAGGGGGGGCGCACGGCGCGCAUGGGGGGCACGGGGGGAAGGGCUCAGGGAGGGAGCAUACGCGGAAGGACAGUGGAGCGUCGUCAGGGGGGCAUGAGAACCAGAGCAGCGAUACGGAGACGGUCAGACGGGGGAGUGGACCACGGAGAGGCCAUGCGGGAGGAUACGAGGACCAAGGGAGCUCCACGCCAGGCAUGGGCAUGAACGGGGGCGAAGGGGAGUAUGACGAGGCGUUUGGAUUCGAGCAGAGGCAGGGCAGCUACGGCCAUGCAGACAGGUACGGGGACCAGCAGAGGGGGUAUGAAGAUGGGUACGCAGAGGAAGGGUACGGGGACGGGUAUGGGGAUGAGCACGCGGCGGGGGAGGAGGAGCAGGAUGAACAGCAGCAGGCGGAGGAGGAACAAGAGGACGAGGAAGUAGAAGAAUUUGAAACGCUACCUCCUCCCCCACCAAAAUCCCCCAAGUUCCGGCAGCGGUCGCUAGAUGGCAAAGACCCCGCUGCUGGUGGCACGAGUCCGUUCGGUGAUGGGCUGCUGUAUGGUCUCACGUCGCCCUCCAGCCCUCCAGGCGACCUCUUCCCCGUCAACCUCAAGAAGCCCAUGCCCUACGUCGGUGGCGCUCUCGAUGCGAGCAUGAAAGUGGUGGGGGAGCGGGCAGGAGAGAGGGAGGAGGAGCGGGGAGGGGGGGAUGCAGCGAGUUUGGAGUUUGAGUGGCGGAAGGUGCGGACAGAGAAAAAGCUGGUAGAGGAGGAGAAGCGCGCCCUGCAGACCCUGGGAGACGAGGUGCAGCGGCUGAGAGUCUGGGCUGAGAACGAGCGCGCCCGGCUCAAGAAGGAGCACGCGCAGAUUGAGAUGGAUAAGAAGCGAGGGGAAGAGGAGAGGAUUCGGCGGGAGAGGGAGGAGGCAGAGCAGAUGAAAGGGGCGGCGGAGGCAGCGGAGAGAAGGGUGAGGGAGGAGAGGGAGCGGUUUGAGUGGGAGCAGCAGCGCGUGGCUGAGGAGAAAACGCACCUCGACGAAGCUGCUGCUUCGGUGGCCGAGGCUCUGGCUCGGGCCGCCGAGGCGGAGGAGCGGGCGAGGAGCGCGGAGCGGAAUUUCGGGCGGCUGCCCGGGGAUUUGAGAGACGCGGCAAUGGCUGACGUGGCAGUGUAUGCCGUGCGGCCGGAACACGGGGGAUCAGUAAGAAAAGUCCACACUCCCGCGAGGCGGAUAGCGAGGGCGUAUGCAUUCGUGCGUGUUCACGAGGGGGAUGAGAGGGUGGGAGCCGUGGCGAGAGUGGCUGUGACUGCACUGACUCUGGUGUCCAAAGCUGCUGCUGAUGACGCUGCUAGGCUGCUCUUUUGGUGGUCCAAUACUGUGAUGCUCCGAGAGGCCAUUGCCAGCAUUGCUCCCACUGAAGCUAAUUCCUCCUCCGAUGCGCCCCACUCUGCCAAUUCCUCCUCCUCCUUCCCCCUCUCCGACCGAACCUCCUCUGGUUCCGAACCGGAUUCCGAACCUGGUGGGGGGUCCGGGCCUGGGAAAAGGGGUGGGAGAGGAGGGAAGGGGGGAGGUGGAGGGGCAGGGGAAGGGGCGGUGGGAGGGGGAGGGGGGCGGGAGUCGUGGGGAAGUCCGGGGGCGGUGGUGGCGGCGCUGAGACGGCUGGAGGAGUGGCAGCAUGAGCGGUGCCUGCAGUUGGUGUGGCGCAAGCUUACCAAGGCAAACCCCUUCUUCCCUCCCCUUGCUUCCUUAUCCUCUCCUAUAAUCUCUCCUUUUCUUCUCACUCCCCUGUCUCAACUCACGUCCCCGUUCUCCCUUUCCACCCUCUUCUCCUCUCAGCAACCCAUCUCCUCCCAUCCCACACCCCUCUUCCUACCAGACGCUGAGAGGGCUCCAUGGUGGAGCAAGCUGGUGGGUGUGGAGCGGUGGAGAGCGGUGCUGCACGAUGCGUCCUUCAGCCUGUGUCCGCAGCGUGCCAUGGGGCGAUGCUGUGGCUGCCUGUACCUGCUGGAGAAGCAGGUCUUGGAGCACUGUCUGCUUCGCCUUGACUCGGCAAUCUUCAACGCACUCCUGCGCUCCAACCCUGACGCACCGCCCGCCGAACCUCUUGCCGACCCUGUCACCGAGCCUGCCGCGCUGCCGUUCACAGCAACGGGAAAGCUCACCUACUCGCACGGCAUGCACCUCAAAUACGCCGUGUGUGGAGAGCUGACGGUGGCACUGCUGCGGCGCAUUCUCCUCAUCUUCGCUCCCGAUGCCAACGCGCCAGACCCCGUCUCCUCCACCCUGCUGCAGCAACUCAACAGCGAGGUGCACAGCGAGUCGCGCCGAGGCAAGUCCACUCCAUCCACUGACAUCGCGCCUCUCCCCGCCAUGCCCUACACCCCGCCCCCCUCGCCAUCCGUGCGUCUCCUCCUGGGCUCGGUGCGUCUACUCCAUCUGCCCCAUGCGGGGUCCUCUGGCCUGGCUCUCGACCGCGGGUACGACAGCGAUGAGGAGCUGCGGCUUGUAGAGUCCCCCGCUGACCUCCUCUCCCACAUGCUGCUUGAGCUUGAGCGGGGCAGCAGUGCUGGUGCUGGUGCUGCUGGUGGAGGGGCGAGUGGUGGAGGGGCGAGUGGGAAGGGUGGGGUGGGGAGGGGUGCGGCGGCGGGAGGGAAGGCGAGGGUGGUGGGGCACAGGGACGGGUAUAAGAGCUCGGGGUACCAGCUGCUGGCGGACAUGUGGAGCAGACAGGCUGCUGGUAGUGGCAGUGCUGCCUCCUCACAUUCCUCUGCUGCUGACACAGGUGCAUGGUAG